AUGCUUGGAGUGCUUCUGAUGCCACCACUUUUAGGUGAUUUGGUGAAUUUGGAGCAAUUGAAUGUGGCACAUUAUAUGCUUUCUAGAACAAUUCCGAAAAGUAUUUGUCAGCUUCCUAAGCUUCAGAAUUUUAUGUAUCCUUAUAAUUUCUUCAUUGGUGAAUCGCUGGUGUAUUUGGGAUUGCCGGAGUUUCAUGAUGAACGAAAUUGUUUGCCCAAAAUACCGGUGCAACUGUCUCCGGGACAGUGUCAUAAAUUUGUUCCUGUUUUGCCAUCUCCACCACCACUUUCACUGCCGUUGCCUGCCCCUCCUCCGCCUGUUGUAGUGCCUAUUUUUCCUCCUCCGCCACCACUUUAUACUCUUCCUUCACCUUCACCACCACCACCUCCUCCACCUCCAGUUUAUUCACCAUCGCCACCACCACCCUCUCCAUCACCUCCACCACCAACUCCAUCUCCUCCUCCACCGCCACCACCACCACCACCAUUUCCACCUCCUCCACCACUUGUUUAUUCACCACCACCAUCACCUCCACCACAUGUUUAUUCACCACCAUCACCCCCACCAUCUCCACCUCCUCCAUCACCAUUGCCUUAUUGUCUUCCUAUGCUUUUCUUUUCUAUUUUUCCUGCUGGUCCUGAACUCGACGAAGCCCCAAUUCACUUCGUCUUCGGCCUCUCCUUCUUGAUCUCACCAAUCUAA